CCAUUCUCAUCACCUUGCUUCGCACGGACGUCACAAAUCGGCGACCCGUUCCAGCUCCUUGAAACUACAAAACAAUUAUAAUGGGAGAUGGAGUUACUCCACAGAUACAUAAACCUUCACUUUCAUUAUAAAACUAUAUUUCAUUGUGUAGUAAAACAGUAGAAUCCGAAAACAAUGAAAUGUAUUUUAUGUAAGGAGAUUUUGACGUGCAAUAGUUUGUCGGUUGUAAAUAUCACCUAAGCAACAGUGUUGCCUGAACAAUAAAUAAUGUAUUAACUAUAAGUAAAAUUUAGUUGAAUAAUUUGAAAGACGUUAUGCUGUUGAGUUACAAGGAUAUUUUAUAUCUUUUGAAUAGCACUGAAAUAAAUGCCACUAAUACCACACUAACAACCCGUAAUACUUUCUUCUGUAACAAAGUGGUUUAUAUUUCUUGGCAAAAUAAAUAAUUAAUUUCUUCAAAAUAUUACAUCAGCUGUCAAUUAUACCAAAUUUAGAGUCAUCUCCCUUCCAUAGAUCCGGUGUAAGAAUGAAAAAUUCCUUUUAUAAUUUAGCCCACAGGCCAUGCAGCGUUGUUUGGUGUUGGGUGUUGGUCGUCGAUUACUAAAUAAUCAAUUAUUUACUGCUAGAACCUGUAGUCAAUGUUGUACUGUUACUGAAAGAUCAGCUGCCCUCUCACAUUAUAUCCAUAGACACCAAGUAACAAGAGUUUUUUGUGUUUUAAGCUGCAACAACAAUAUGUCCUUCAAUAAUUUGAACGUAACUUGUCUGCCGGAUGACGAAACACUGAAAAUAAGUUUUGAAUAUAGUCAUAAUGGGCUACCAGCGCGGAACUUUAACCUUCAAAGAAAUAAAAAUGAAUUACUGGGACAGUCUUUGUUGAGACUACGUGCUAACAUGUCUCGAUUUCUGAACAAGUGCAAGAAGAAGAAAAAGGAAAGAAACGCAAUCCCUAAAGUGGAAGAUGAAGAUGCAUUGCCAAUUUCUGUAUGGAGAGAUGAUCAUCAACUCAGUGACACAACACCAAAUGUUGAAGCUUGGACAGCUGGUUCCGAAUUACAUAUUGGUGAUAAAGUGUUCCACGUAUUAGUAAACGGUCCGGCAGUAAAUAAACUGAUAAUACCGUCCAGUAUGAUGGUUAAUUUUCCUGUUUACAUUCAAAUGGAUUGCGAGUUUACUGAUAUCACCCAAUGUACAGUGACAUGGUAUCGAGCAACGAAAAAAGAUUCUGAGAAUACUGAUGGUGUAAGGGAAUGGCAAGAAAUGUCAUCGUCUACUGUAUAUAGUCCGACCAUGGCUGAUAUGGGUCAUCGAUUGAAAGUAAAGUGUGUCCCUCAAAACAUGGAAAGGAAUUUGAUUGGAAAAGCAGUGACGGCAGAGUCUUCAUCAGUUGUAAAUGCUGGUCCUGGUUAUUGUCCAUUUGAAACAAGGCAUCAGUUUACAAAAGAAAAAACUGACGAAUUAAGAAUACGAGUGGUAACCUAUAACAUCCUGGCGGACCUUUACUCGGAUUCAGACUUCAGUAGGGAACAACUGUAUCCCUAUUGCCCUGCCUAUGCUCUCAAUAUUCAUUACAGAACUCCACUCCUAUUAAAGGAAAUCACAGGUUACAAUGCUGAUCUUAUUUGUCUUCAAGAAGUGGACAAAAAAGUAUUUGAGCAUGAUUUGUUACCAGAUCUGUCUUUGUCUGGUUUUGAAGGUCUUCUCUGUUUAAAAGCUGGUCAAGUACCUGAGGGUAGUGCAACAUUCUUUAACAAAUCAAAGUUCAAAUUGGUUGAUAAACACGAUAUAGUCCUGUCUGAAAUUAUUGAGUCUGACAGCAGGUUUAAAGAUAUACUGAAUUUGUUGGAAUGUAAUGAACAAUUAAUGCACAAAGUUUUACAGAAGCAAACUAUCCAACAGGUGUCAAUUUUGGAAUCACUGGAUAAGUCUGGUCAGUUGCUGUGUGUGGCCAACACCCAUCUUUAUUUCUAUCCAACUGCUGAUAACAUACGUUUGAUACAGAUAGCUGUUUGUAUGAAGCAUAUAGAACAUAUAAUAGAAAAGUACAAGAGCAAGGGUCAAAAUAUAUCAUUAGUUUUCUGUGGUGAUUUCAACAGUGAUCCUGAGCGGGGAGUGAAUUUAUUUAUGACAACAGGAAGCAUAGCAGCAGAUUUUAAAGAAUGGAAAUUAAAUGGAAGUACGGAUUCUAUUUUGGGAAUGAAUUUGAAUCACUUCUUGUCUCUGUCCAGUGGCUGUGGUUACCCGGUUUAUACGAAUUAUGUUGGUGGUUUCAAUGCUACUUUGGACUACAUCUUUUAUGACAACACAUGUUUUGACGUGGCAGAAGUGGUUCCAUUGCCUGAUGAUAGUGAAGUCGUACUGCAUACAGCAUUGCCCAGUGUUGUGUUCCCUUCAGAUCACAUUGCCCAAAUAUGUACUCUAAAGUGGAAGCAAUAAUGUUUUGAAACUUUACAAAAAUUUCUGAAAGUAA